UCGGAUUCUCACCUGAUGGAUUUUAAAGAUGUGAAAUUUCACAUUCCAUAUGCACUUUUAGAUGAGCUACGGUCAAUCCCAACUGGUUCAGAUGCACAAUUAUUUUGCAAAGAUAAUUCUGAUAAUGACACAAUUCUCAGUGUGACUCACACCAGAGAUGAGUAUCUAAUGGUAACCUUCCCUGGGUCAACUGUCACAUGGAAUGAAACACUAGACACUGCCACCGCUUCUAUUCAGAAUUUCCGCCGUCAAGAAAAGCGGAAGAGAAAUGUGAAAUCAGCUCGUCAACUGCUUGGUUUGGAUCAGAAAUCAGAAGAGACCGUCAAAGAAGAAGAUGUUGUCAAGAAACCAGAAGAAGUCUACAACUUGCCUCGGCCAACGUACACCGGCAAAAAGCGGGGACGGAAACCCAAAGGUUAUUAUGAACAACUGCAGAAGACGAAGGAAGAGGGUGCAAAGGAAGCUGAUGCAGCAGGCCAAGAUGAAAAAGAAGAAGAGAGUGUUAUUCCUGAUUUGCCAGAAUCUGCCCUGAAGUUUAACUACCAUGCUCAAGUGGAGACAGAUGCUGUUGAAAUCUCAGUGGAGGACAUCAUGACUGGACGGUCGCCCUCAAAAGUCACCGACCUCGGACCAAUGAGGACGCGUCAUCAGAGAAAGACUGGUGUGCUGCCUGACACUGAAGAACCACCGGUACCUGAUGGUAGCACAGCAGUGCUAAAGGAUACAAAGAUGUUGGAAAUACUUAAUGGUGUUGCACCAACAGAGCUUCUUGAUGAGCACUUUGAAGUAAUUACAGAUGUGGACAAUCGCAGAGCUGGCCUGAGAUGCAAGCAUUGUGACGAGGUACACCCUACGAGAAAAGAGUUCCUCAUUCAUCUAAAAUCGCAUGUCAACUUCACUCCCUGGCAUUGCCCGUUAUGCUCUUAUAGAGUUCAUCACAAAAGUCUGCUAGCAAAGCAUCUCAAUGUCCAUUCUGAAGUCAAGUCCUUUGCAUGUGAGAUCUGUGGGCAAACAUUCUCAUUCAAAGAAAAGCUCCAGUACCACAUGAAGUACCAUAAUGAUGAGCGCUCCUGCUGCUGUCCGCACUGUGAUAUGGCGUUUCAUGAACACAAGACACUCCGCUCUCACAUUGCAAGUGUCCACAAGGAUGUUAAGGUGCCCGUUAAAUCGGCCACAGGAGAACAGGAUGAUGUCACUGAUGAUCCUAAUUAUGUUGUUAGACCUCAUCCUUACAAGAGAACAAAAUACUGUGGGACACACAAGACCAACAGAAAGACAAUGGCAUUUAGGGCUCAGAAUUCAGCAUCAACAGAUUUGCCCGCUGAGGAUAACCCAAAAGACACCAAUGGGGAACCUCGUUCAAAAAAUGACUCAAAAGUAGUUAAAUUCACUGAGAAGAAGCCAGAAAACUAUAUCCUUCUCAUCGACAACUUCUGUACUGUUAAAUUUGAGGAUGGUUUCAAGAGGUAUACCUGCAAUGAAUGCCAAGAAGUUUUCGGCAAGAAGAUGCCGUUCCUACAUCAUCUCCGCAUCAAACAUCGGUCUGCCAAACCGUUUAAGUGUGCAAGUUGUGAUUAUGUUGCGAGAAGCAAACCAAACGUAUUCACACACAUGAAGAUUCACUCGGAGGUAAAGGACCAUGUUUGUAACAUUUGUGGAAGGGGAUUCUAUUUUGGUUAUAAGCUUGCCCUGCAUAUGAAAUAUCACAUGAAUGCACGAGAGUUCAAGUGCGACCUGUGUAAGAGUGCAUUUAAUAACAAGAUUGACGUCCAGAAACAUAAAGAAAGGAUUCAUACCACUGGCCGUCCAUACCUAUGUGAUACCUGCGGCAAAGGCUUCAAGUACAGUUUAGCGUAUAAACGCCACAAGAUGACACAUAUUCCAGGCAAAAGGGAGAUCUGUGUGUACUGUAACAAGCCUUACAAGAGCAAACAAAGCCUCCGUAUCCACAUGCAGUGUCACACUACCAUCUUCCAGUGCCAGAUUUGCGACAAGAAUAUCAACAGUUACACUGCUUUCGUGGCUCAUAAGAACAUGCAUGAUCCUAAUUAUGUUGGCUUCCCCUGUAAAAACUGUGGAAAGGUGCUCCAGACAAAGACAAAUUUGGAGAAACAUCUCGCCACAGCUCAUUCAGAUGCUCGACCUUUUAAAUGUGAAAUCUGUGGAAAGGCUUUCAAGAUUAUUGAACAUCUCAAGUUGCACAUGAUAACCCAUGACACUGUCAAGAAAUUCCAAUGCACGAUAUGUGGCUACACGAUGAAGCGCAAGGCAAGUCUCAUCACCCAUAUGCGGCGCCACCUCCACAGCAACCCGUACGUUUGCGAAGAAUGCGGUAAAUGGUUUCAAGAAAAGGUGGAAUACCAGACUCACCUGGCAACACAUUCGGGUGAGAACCCAUCAUGGUGUCCGUUUUGUGACCGAACAUUUUCUACCCAUCUUGUCCUCGAGAAACACAUCGAAUCGGCUCACACCGGGGAACAUCUGAACAUUCAGUCCGUCUCAAUGGAGGGGAUAGCAAACGUUAUGUCCGAAAUGGGAAACGUCGUCAUCGAGGGUGAGCGUUCGCAGGACGAUCAGUUGUUUUUAUGCGAACAAUGCAACUCGACGUACGAAUCACAAGAAAUCUUAGCGAUGCACAUCUUAACUGAUCACAUGAAGCAGCAUCUUGAUCAACCACACGAUGUGGUUCCAGGUGUCAAAACAGAAACUCUGAAUGAUGGCACCGGGAAAAUCGUGACUGUUCAGAACUACCCUGUGAUUAGUGGUGAUAUCAAAGUGGAAGGACUGACGCUUGAAGAUGUUGUAAAUACGGUUGAGAUUAACACGGACUCGAUACCAGUGACAGAUGGCAAUGUUCCGCUGCAUUCUAUGAUAAUCCAGGGAAUGAGUGAGGAGCAGAUGGUAGUGCAUGUCGAGGAUAUGUCACAUUUUUUCAUGUCGGGUGCUGGUACAGAAACUGUGGUGACACAGGAACAGAAUGAAGAUAAUACUGCAGCACAAAUAAUUUCAGAACAAACUCAAAUGGAUUAGAACAAAAUUGGCAAAUAGUGAAGGCCUUGUAUUAAGAAUGGUACAAAGUGCACUUUAAAUGCCUACGCCAUUCGUGUUCAAGUACAUGUACAUGAAGUGUUCAAUAAAAUGUUCCCUAACCUUUAGUAAGCCUGGCGCUUUCGUUGGAAUGUGCCAUUGUAGUCAAAAGAAAAGGAUUUCAUUUCAUCAGGUUAGGAUGUUUGUAAAUAUUCUUUUG